AUAAUACUUAAAAUGAAUAGUCUUUUAAAAGAAUUGGAAGCUUUAAAAAUUAAGGGCGAAUUUUAUGAGGAAGACUUAUGGGCAAAAUACAAUAAUCUUAUACAAGUGAGUUAUGUUCCUGAAAGAAUCGACGGUACCAGUCGACCAUGCGAAGAAAAAGACUUCAAAGGGUAUAGACAAAUUAUAGAUAGAAAUUUGCAAGAUAUCAGAUCUAUGCUUCAGCAUGUCAUUUACUGUCGUCAUGAAGGGCACAUGCAAAUAAAAUUAGAUUCAUCGAUAGUAAAAACUUUUACAAUCAAUUUGUUACUACUCAUUGGAGAACAACAUGAACAAAAUGUUUGGAACACAACAGAAUCUGUGUCCAUCUCCAAAGACUUGACUAGCAAAAUCUUGGAGUUAUAUAGAUAUCAAAACAUCUCACAACUUUUAACGGAACAAGAUAACUUUACUACAGUAUUAUUAACGCUAAGGCCUAAGUUACUGAAAGAUACUUGGAAAGCUUAUCCAGCAGCUGUAGCAAGUUACAAAUGGAUUUUAUAUCAAAUUGAGAAACCAACUUUAUAUAAUCAUAUUAGUGAUGUGCUUCCAACAGCUUUAAUAAUUAUUGAUGAUUAUGUGCCAGAAAACAUUGUACUAGGUCUUGAAUGUUUAUAUCAAAUUAUUCAACAUACUCACUUGAAAAAAGGAUUCAUUGACACCGGAUAUGCCAAAGUAAUUUUUCAUGCUUUAGAAUGCUUAAGUCAUCAAAGAGAAGCCAAAUAUGUAAUUUUGAUAUAUAAAUGCUUAACAAUUUUAUUAGCUACCAUUGAACAUUGGGAUAAUACAUUAAAUGUAUUUGAAUGGACAAAGAGGGAUGAUAUUUUAGCUGUUCUACUAGAUAAUAUGGAAUUUGAACAAAAUGUGGAAUUAAGAUGUGUAUAUAUGUUAAGUUUACCUCAACUGUUGACUAAUAUUGGUUGUGCCAAGUGGUGUGAAAGAUUAACAAGAAUACUUACCGAGUAUUGUGAACAUCAUACAGAUCUAAAAACAUUAAAAGCAACAUUGGAGACUGCAAAAACUUUCCUCUUGAUGUUUCAUCUUCGAGUGGCAGCUCACUGUGUACCUCUGUAUACUGCUUUUUUAAAACUGCAUUUUGAUUUAACGAAAACUCCAGUAUUUGACAAGGAAAUAAUGCAGAACUUGGAUGACUGUAUUUGUUUAUUAUAUAAAUUAUCCCCAAAUGUAGGUUGUACAGUAAUGAAUGACGAUCGAAUGCGUUCAGUGAUAAAAAAUAGUUUGCAAGUAGUGUGCUUAGGUGAUACUAAGUAUUUUCAGUGAAUGAACUAUAUAAAUCUGUUUUAGAACCUAAAAAUAAAUAUAUUAUUUAAGAAAAGAAAAGAUUAUUUUUUGUAGAGAAAGAGUUUUGUAGAAUAUAGUAUGAUAAAAUAUAAUAAACAAUAUGUACUUAGAUGUUUUAUGUUGUGAUCUAAUAAAUUCGAAAAAUGUAUGAUACUUUA